AUGGUGCAGAAAAGGCAGCGCGCAGAGGCAGGGCCGAGCAAGCGCAAGUCGCCGCGCUUCGCUGCUGCGGAGAAUCCUGUGAAAGAGGAUAAGGAAGAUCCGACGGCCUCGAAUGAGAAGGAAUCUACGGCUGGCGAUGAGGCGAAUCCGAAGGAUCUUUAUGCGGUGCUCGGAGUGAGUCUCGACGCGACGCACGCGGAGAUUCGCAAGGCGUAUCACCGCAUGGCGCUUCGGCUGCAUCCCGACAAGAACCCGGGCGACGAGACGGCCAAGGAACGCUUUCAGGCGCUGCAGCGGGUGUUCGCAGUGUUGGGGGACGCUGAGAGGCGGAAGAUAUACGACGAGACUGGCCUUACUGGCGAUGGGGAUGGCGAGGAUGGCACUGGCCUCUCGGGCAACACGGUUGCAGACCUUUACAAGUUCUUCCGGACGAUGUACAGUGAGAUUACAGUGGCGGAUAUUGUGGCAUUCGAGCGUCAGUACAGGGGGUCAGAGCAGGAGGCCAAGGAAUUGAAGGAGCUGUACGAGCGAUUCAAAGGGCGGAUGGACAUGGUGCUGGAGUGCCAGGUCUGUGCACGCCCGGACAUUGACUCUCAUCGCUUCAAGGAUAUACUCGAUGCUGCUAUCGAAUCAGGCGAGCUGAAGGCUACUAAGGCGUACAAAAAAUGGGCAGCAGAAGUUUCCAAGAAACCUGCUCCUGCCGACCCUCUUGCUGCGGACAGCGAAUACGAGAGCAACCAGGGCGUGAUGGCUCUCAUUCUCAACCGCCAAUCAGCGAGGGCUCAAGCUGCUGAGGAUUUGUUUGAUUCUCUGGCAGCAAAGUAUGGAGGGAAGGGAGGAGGGAAGGGAGGAGGGAAGGGAGGAGGGAGGGAAGGAGGGAAGGGAGGAGCGGGGAAGAGGGGAGGGAAAGCAGGGGGAAAAGGCGGAGGGAAGCAGAAGAAAGGGGGAGGAGGAGGAGGAGGAGGAGGAAAGGGGAGGCAGAGUGGAGGGAGAGGGAGGGGAAGUGGUGGUGGUAGGGAGAGGAAGGGGCAAGGGGAAGGGGAAAGGGAAGGGGAUGAAUGGAAAAGAGGAGUGGAAAGAACCCACUGA